AUGGAUACCACAAGCUCCCACGCUCUCUAUAUCCCAGAAGGAAAUGCAUUCGUUGGGACCGAGGGGAUCUAUCAUCUCCCCCACCACCAACGGGAGCUUGAGCGUCUCCAGAUGCAACAUCACUUCAUGUUGUCGGCCACGGAAGGCCUUCUCCUGACCACCCCGGUGGAGCCAAAUUCUCACUUGCGGGUGUUGGACGCCGGUGCUGCAGACGGCACAUGGCUUCGUUCUCUAGCUGAGCUCUAUCCCGAUCAGAAAGGGUCCCUCCAUGGCGUGGAUCUCGGCGCUGCGCUCUUUCCUCCCCCGUCUGCGGACGGCCCAAUCCUCCAUCUUCAGAAAAUGGACAUCCGCGAGCCGGCUCCGGAACACCUGCAAUGGGGCGAAAGUUUCGAUAUCAUUCACCAACGUCUCCUCAUCUGGGGCUUGAAAAGCCACGAGUGGCCACAGUCCCUGACCAACCUCCUUUCGCUAUUAAGACCUGGAGGCUGGCUUCAACUCGUAGAAUGUCAAUGGGUAGAUCGCGAUGAGCCCGUUGACCCCAUAAAAUCCCCCAAACUCGCCAAAAUGUCGGAGAUGCAGAAAUGGAGUACUGCCGCCUUUGGAAUGAACAUCUACAUUGCCUACGAGCUGAAAAAGUUGCUUCAAGAUUUGGGUUUCCAGAACAUUACUAAGACUUCUCUCACUCUGGGCUAUGGUUCCAAGGCCAGGGAGGAGCAUUGGAAGGUGCCCUCUGCUCAUAUGUGGGUCAGUGGGUUCCGCAGUCUCGGGCACAAGAUGCCCCCUGAAGGCAUCCCCGGGGUGGCCAAGACACCAGCUGAGUUUGAUGCCUUCCUUAAUGACUUGCGGGACGAGGUAUUGGAACAUGGAUAUGCGCCGCGGCUGAACAUUAUAACUGGACAGAAGCCUCAGAUCUAA